UCCAGUAGAGGAGCUGAGUGUGUGUUCAGGAGUGUGAUAUAAUAAACUGGUCGACUGUGAGAAACUACAGAUCAUAUUAUCAUAUAGGAGCUGAUGAGUGUCUCUGCUGUAGGACUGGAGAUCCUGAUAAAGACAGAGCUGAACUUUUCUACCUGAAGACUCUGAAAGACACUGACCUCAGAAUCAGGUAACUCUGCUCUCGGCUUUAAAGACUCUGAACACUGACCUCAGAAUCAGGUAACUCUGCUCUCAGCUUUAAAGACUCUGAACACUGACCUCAGAAUCAGGUAACUCUGCUCUCGGCUUUAAAGACUCUGAACUCUGACCUCAGAAUCAGAAAAGAAAACUGGAGCACACAAAGAUUCUGUAAACUAACCCUGGGCAUCUUGAUGAAGAUGGACAUUUCAGAUGUUCUUUCUGAAGACUGAAGACAAAGCCAGAGAAAGUUCCAGUCAUACACGAUGGCAAACAAUCCUGAAGUGCUGCAGAAUAUAACUGAUAAACAAGAUCAAACUGGUCAAGUCCAGACCACCAGACUGCAGAAUGAACCAGUCCAGAACUCCACAGCUCAGACUGGAGGAACAGUCAUUGCACCUCUUCUACAUGGAAGUGUGUUUCAUGGCCCAGUUAAUAUCAGCUUUGGAGCUGACUUUACGCACAGAGGUGGAGACAGAAGUGAGAAGGAAACUGGUAAGACUGCAGCAGCCUCCUCCACUGCAGCUCAGAUUGGAGUCUCAGUUAGUGAUCUGACUGCAGCAGCUAAAGAAGAUGGAGGUGUAAAAGAUGCACUGAAAAGACAUUUUGUGGCAAAGUUUGCAAAGCUGUAUGACAGGACUUCACUAGAAGGGAGUAAUUUGCUUUUGAAAGACAUUUACACUGAACUAUAUGUGAUUGAAGGCUGCACAGGAGGAGUAAACACUAAGCAUGAAGUGAGACGGAUAGAAUGUUUUUAUCCCAAAAUAGAGGAAACAUCAAUCAAGUUCAGUGACAUUUUCAAAACACAAUCCAGUCAAAAUGUGCUUGGUACUAAAGUACUUACACUGGGAAUAGCAGGAGUGGGAAAAACGGCCUCUGUACACAAGUUUAUUCUUGACUGGGCUGAAGACACAUGCAACCAGGAUUUAGAUUUCAUUCUGUUUUUUCCCUUUCGGGAACUGAAUGUGAUCAAAGAGGAAAAGUACAGCCUCUGGAGUCUUCUACUUUACUUCCAUGAUGAGUUCCAUAAUGCAGAUGUAAAUGAGAUCCUGACUGACAAGUGUAAGGUGGUUUUUAUAUUAGAUGGACUGGAUGAAAGUAAACUUAAUCUAGAUUUUAAUCAAAAGAAACUAUCUAAUGUAACAGAGGAGACCACCAUUGAUAAACUAUUAACAAACCUCAUCAAAGGAGAGCUGCUUCCCUCUGCUCUCAUCUGGAUAACCACUCGACCAGCAGCAGCCAAACAGAUUCCACAAAAAUACUUUCAUCAUGUGACAGAAAUACGUGGAUUUAAUGACCCACAGAAGGAGGAGUACUUCAGGAAGAGAAUCAGGGAUGAAGAUCAAGCCAGCAGAAUUAUUUCACACAUUAAGACAGUAAGAAGUCUCCACAUUUUGUGUCACAUACCAGUCUUCUGUUCAAUCUCAGCCACAGUGCUACAGGAAGUGUUGAAGGAUGACAAAGACAUGAAAAAUGCUCCCACAACUCUUACAGAAAUGUACACACGUUUCCUGCUGUUUCACACAAGAAUAAAUAGUGAGAAAUACAGCAUAAUGCAAAAUGACAGACUGGGAGUAGAGGGUGUACUGAAGCUCGGAAAACUAGCUUUUCUUCAGUUGCAAAAAGGACAACUCAUAUUCUAUGAGAAUGAUCUGCAGGAAUGUGGCAUUGAUGUUGAUGAAGCUGUGGUGUACUCUGGAGUUUGUACACAAAUCUUUAAAAAGGAUGAGAAGAUUUUCUGUUUUGUACAUUUGAGUUACCAGGAGUUUCUUGCUGCCGUCUUUGUGUUCCUCACAUUCAGUCAUGAAUGUAACCCACUCCUUCAAACCAUAGGUGAGAAAAUAAAGUGGAAGUUGAAACAUACACUGGGUGAUCUCCUCAAGACAGCAGUGGAUAAGGCCAUGAAGAGUGAUAAUGGACAUCUGGACCUUUUCCUCCGCUUCCUUUGUGGCCUCUGCCUGGAGUCCAAUCAGAGGCUCCUUAAGAGUCUCCAGGGAGUAAUGGACAUCAAAGAAGUGAGUCUAAAGGCCAUUGUAGACUACAUUAAAAGAAAGAUCAAAAUGAAAAAACACUUUGAGAAGAGCACCAAUCUUUUCCAUUGCUUGAGUGAACUGAAAGACAAUUCACUGACAACUGAAAUUCAGGAAUACCUGAACUCAGGAAAUCUCUCAACACAGAAACUGUCAUCUACUCAGUGGUCAGCUCUGGUGUUUGUGUUGCUGAUGUCAGAAGAGACUCAAGAGAAGUUUGAGCUAAAGAAAUACAGACCAUCAGAAGAAGGACUGAGGAGACUACUGCCAGUGGU